GCGCCGGCGGGGAGCCGAGGGCGGGCGCGGAGGUGAGCGCCGGCACCUGGCUCGGCGCCCCGCUGCUGGGCGAGAGGCUCGGCGCGGCCGUUGGGGCCGUUGGAGGAGGCGGGCGAGCCCUGACCCCGGCCUGCCUGCAGGCGGCGGCGGGAGGAGAUGCCUACCUAAGAAGAGUGACAGCAGCUGGACUAAAUGUUUCACUGCUGAAUUGGUUCCUCAGGUACCCUGGCUCUGGUGAUUGCUAUGGGAGAGUGGAUGACUGUUACAGAUCCAGAUCUGUCUUCAGAAAGCAAAAAUAUCUGUCAAUAUACCUCAGAAACAAAGAUGUCUCCAUCAAGUUUAUACUCACAGCAAGUGCUAUGUUCUUCAAUACCUUUAUCAAAAAAUGUGCACAGUUUUUUCAGUGCCUUCUGCACAGAAGAGAAUAUUGAACAAAGUAUUUCGUAUCUUGAUCAGGAAUUGACUACUUUCGGUUUUCCUUCAUUAUAUGAAGAAUCCAAAGGUAAAGACACAAAGAGAGAAUUAAAUAUAGUUGCUGUUUUAAAUUGUAUGAAUGAGCUACUUGUACUUCAGCGGAAGAACCUUCUAGCUCAGGAAAAUGUGGAAACACAGAAUCUGAAACUGGGAAGUGAUAUGGACCAUCUGCAGAACUGCUAUGCAAAACUUAAGGAACAAUUGGAAACCUCCAGGAGAGAAAUGAUUGGGCUUCAGGAAAGAGACAGACAGUUACAGUGCAAGAAUCGGAAUUUGCAUCAGCUACUGAAAAAUGAAAAAGAUGAGGUACAAAAAUUACAAAAUAUCAUUGCAAGUCGAGCUACUCAAUAUAAUCAUGAUAUGAAGAGAAAAGAACGUGAAUAUAAUAAAUUAAAGGAACGUCUACAUCAGCUUGUUAUGAACAAGAAGGAUAAAAAAAUAGCUAUGGAAGUUUUAAAUUAUGUGGGGAGAGCCGAUGGAAAAAGAGGCUCCUGGAGGACGGGUAAAACUGAGGCCAGUUUCUUUCUCAGGAAUGAAGAUGAAAUGUAUAAAAUUCUCUUGAAUGAUUAUGAAUAUCGUCAGAAACAAAUCCUAAUGGAAAAUGCUGAACUUAAGAAGGUUCUUCAGCAAAUGAAAAAGGAAAUGAUUUCUCUUCUUUCUCCCCAAAAGCAGAAACCUAGAGAAAGAGCAGAUGAUAGUACAGGAACUGUUAUCUCUGAUGCUGAAGAAGAUGCUGGGGAACUGAGUAGAGAGAGUAUGUGGGACCUUUCCUGUGAGACUGUGAGAGAGCAGCUGACCAACAGCAUCAGGAAACAAUGGAGAAUUUUGAAAAGUCAUGUAGAAAAACUUGAUAACCAAGUUUCAAAGGUACACCUGGAAGGUUUUACUGAUGAAGACGUAAUCUCACGACAAGACCACGAACAAGAAACUGAAAAACUCGAGUUAGAAAUUCAGCAGUGUAAAGAAAUGAUUAAAACUCAGCAGCAGCUUUUACAGGUAAAUCAGCAGCUCGCCACAGCAUGCGAUGAUGACACCACGUCCUUGCUGCGAGACUGUUACUUGCUGGAGGAGAAGGAGCGUCUCAAGGAAGAAUGGUCCCUGUUUAAAGAGCAAAAAAAGAAUUUCGAGAAGGAAAGACGAAGCUUUACAGAAGCAGCCAUUCGCCUAGGAUUGGAGAGAAAGGCGUUUGAAGAAGAAAGAGCCAGUUGGUUAAAGCAACAGUUUUUAAACAUGACUACCUUUGACCACCAGAACUCAGAAAAUAUGAAACUUUUCAGUGCCUUCUCAGGAAGUUCUGAUCGGGACAGUCUCUCAGUGCACUCGAGGCCACGGCAAAAGAAGCCUCACAGUGUGUCUAACGGGACUCCAGUUUGCACCUCUAAACUUACUAAGUCUCUUCCUGCUUCUCCUUCUACUUCGGACUUUUGCCAGACACGGUCCUGCGCAUCUGAGCAUAGUUCCAUCAAUGUACUGAAUAUAACUCCUGAAGAAACUAAACCAAAUCAGGUCGGCAGAGAAGGUACAAAUCAGAAAUGGAGCACAGCAUCAAGACCUGGAUCACAGGAAGGGUGCUACAGUGGAUGCUCCUUGACCUACACAAACUCCCAUGUAGAAAAAGAUGACUUACCUUAGACGUGUGGACUGGAAUUGUUUUCAUUAACACGUUCAUCAGAUUUCACAUCUAAGUUGAGACAGGGUGUGUCAUAAAGCCAAUCAUCUCUAAUAAUUUAAGAUGGUCUGAGUUGUUUGUUUGGACUUUUCCUCCCCCAAAGAGCUAAAAUGUUAAAUCUAUUAAAAAGGAUAUAAAAGCUUUGGAUAUGUAUUUUUAGUAACAGAAGCAUCUGGUUCUGUGAAUAAAGGAAUGUAUAUGUUUGGAUGGAAACAGAAGCACUAGAAUGAGUUUCCUCUUAUAGGUAUUAAAAAUAGCACUUUUAGGAAACUGAUUAUUGUAAAUGUUUAAUUUUGUCUCAUAUAUAGUUGGCAUUGAAAGUUUAGCCUUUACUUGAAUGUAUACUGUAGAUUUUUAACAAAGCAAGUUCUAUAUUUAUUAUGUUUAGUGUGAUUUGAAAUUUCCUCUUUCAUAUGUUUUAAAUAAAGUGAAAUUUAUGUAUGUUUUGUACAUAGAUAUACAUGAUUAUGUUAAGAGGCUUUAAGAUUUAAAAAUUUUACACGUCCAUAAUUAUAGUAUUUCAUGCCAAUAAAAUUUUUUAGUGGUAUUCUGUUUACAGAUGUAUUAGAGCCAUUACCACAUUAUGUUUAAGAAUUUUUUGAAUGCAUCUGAGCAAUAAAUACUCAAAAGCUGUUCCAUGAAA